AUGCCCGAUCGGUACCCCGUUCCUCAUCUUCAGGACUUUGCUGGAGCCGUUUUCGGCAAAACCAUUUUCUCGAGGAUCGAUUUGGUGCGGGCUUUUCAUCAAAUUCCGAUUGCGGCUGAGGACAUUCCCAAAACGGCAGUGACGACUUCUUUUGGCUUGUUCGAGUUCCUUCGUAUGCCAUUUGGUCUCCGAAAUGCCUCACAAACUUUCCAACGUUUCAUUGACCGUGUUUUACGCGGCCUUCCAUUUGUUUAUGCGUAUAUUGAUGAUGUUCUCGUCGCCAGUCGAGAUGUGGAGGAACAUCUCCAUCACCUUACCCUGCUUUUCGACCGAUUUCAGCAGUUUGGUGUCACCCUGCAUCCUUCCAAAUGUGUCCUAGGAGCCACUUCUCUUGAGUUCUUAGGUCACCUGAUAGACUCAAACGGCAUUCGGCCUCUUCCCCCAAAAGUUGCCGCCAUUCGGGACUUUCCACCCCCUACCUCGAAGCGUACGUUGCAACGGUUUCUUGGUAUGGUGAACUUUUAUCGCCGGUUUCUCCCGAACUGUGCCGAUACCAUCCUACCUCUGACCGAUCUCCUCUCAGGUCCCAAACGCACCUUUGAACUUACAUCAGCCGCACUCACGUCAUUUGAGCUGGUAAAAGACCUUCUGGCUGACGCCACCCUCCUGACUCACUUUCACGCUGAUGCACCCAUAUCUUUGAUGGUCCAUGCCUCCAAUGUUGCUGUUGGCGCGGUUCUUCAACAAAGUCUGCCGGAUUCUACCGUGCCUUUGGCUUUCUUCUCCAAGAAACUAUCCAAAGCCGAAACCCGCUACAGCACAUUCGGACGGGAACUUCUCGCCGCUUAUCUUGCCGUAAGGCACUUCCGGCAUUUACUUGAAGGUCGAGAGUUCACAAUUUUCACUGAUCAUAAGCCACUCACGUUUGCGAUGCAUUCCCACUCUGACAAGCUAAGCCCCCCGGGAGAUCCGUCACCUGGACUACAUUUCGCAGUUCACUUCAGACAUCCGCCAUAUUGACGGGUCAAGGAAUGAGGUGGCUGACGCACUGUCCAGGCCCUCUAUUGCUCAUCUUAAGCUUUCACCCGGGAUAGACCUCGCUGAGAUGGCCGCUGAACAACGCCGUGUCGGUCCACCCUGUGAUGAGGAUGUUUCCGGACUCCAACUCCAGGAACUACCACUGACGACUGGCAACGGCACCAUUUUAUGCGACGUAUCCACCCCUUCCCAUCGUCCAUUUGUGCCGCCAUCCCUCCGCCGUAAAGUUUUCUCCUCCCUGCACAAUCUCUCUCACCCUGGGAGUCGAGCAACCGACAAGCUGGUUUCCGACCGCUUCGUCUGGCCUGGUAUGCACAAGGACCUGAAGGCAUGGACACUGGCUUGCAUUGCCUGUCAACGGAGCAAGAUCCAGCGGCACAACAAGGCCCCCAUUGGUACCUUCCCCGGCCCUGGUGCAAGGUUCAGCCACGUUCACCUGGACAUUGUAGGCCCCCUGCCUCUGUCCAAUGGUUGUUCCUAUAUCCUCACCUGUGUGGAUCGGUUCACUCGGUGGCCUGAAGCAAUUCCCCUGCCUGACAUUGCUGCUCCAACGGUGGUCAAGGCUUUUCUCAGUCGUUGGGUUGCUAUCUUUGGUGCACCCUCCACAAUCACGACUGACCGUGGUGCCCAAUUUGAAUCUAAUCUCUUCCAGACUUUACUCUCCUUUUUAGGCUGUACCCGCAUCCGGACGACAGCCUAUCACCCGGCUGCUAACGGGAUGGUCGAGCGGUUUCACCGCCAGCUGAAGGCCUCCCUACGCGCCGCGGCCGAUCCGGAGAACUGGACGGAUCACCUUCCCCUGGUCCUCUUGGGCAUCCGCUCCGCUCUCAAGCCGGACCUUGACUGUUCCGCAGCUGAACUGGUGUUCGGCUCCACCGUCCGACUCCCCGGUGAGAUGAUCUCGCCAACCCCUCAAGGUGCAGUUGAGGAUCCUACAAACCUCCUGCAUCGUCUCCGGCAGUUUAUGCGGACACUUUCUCCGGUUCCUCCCAGGUCCUCCGCCUCUCCGUCUUAUCUCGAGAAGGACUUGGCAACGUGCUCUCACGUCUAUCUCCGAUGUGAUCGAGUCCGCCGGCCUCUGGAACCGUCCUAUGACGGCCCAUUUCGGGUGCUCUCUCGCGGGCCAAAGACUUUCCGCAUUCAGCGCGACAAUCGUGAAGAGGUCGUGAGUGUGGACCGCCUCAAGGCUGCCAUCCCUGACACUCCUCCGGAUGAGCCCUGUGGUCCUCAACCUUCUGCUUCCCCCCACGGAGCCUCUAUUCCACCGUCCCGUAUUUUCCCCCUGCCCUCCUGUCCGCCAUCUCCGACUGCCACCACCAACUCCAACACAUCCGCCACCACAUUUAUUCACUCUUCUACGGACCCUGUAUAUAUCACUCGCAGUGGUCGUCAUGUACACUUUCCUGAUCGGUUGGUCACGCAUUUUUUUUAGACCUGUACACAUCCUUCGGCGUCGUUUUCGCCGGCCUCCGGUCUUGGAGGGGGGUACUGUGCCGAGGCGCCAGACUAUCUUGCCUUUCCCUACCUGUUCCUCAUUCUUGAACUUACUGGUUGUUUAACUGGAUGGAAUGAACACAACUCGACGCGACGCGCUUGGCAUGAGUGGGAUUGUCAGGUCGUUUGACUUUUGAUUAUUAAUUCUUCCAUAACUCUGGUCUUAUCCUGAUUUUUAUAGUCUGGGAUUGACGGUUCUGUCUUUAACACUCGCUACAGAGCUUCCAAUUUUACUAAAAGACGUCUAUGGGGCACCUUGUCAAAGGCUUUGCUAAGAUCAAAGUAAAUAACUACCACUGACUGCCGCUCAUUACGAAGAGAAGUGAUUAGAUUAAGAAAAGCCAAGUGGCAUGUUUCGCAGGAUCGUUCAGGUAAAAAUCCAUGCUGACUAGAGCUCAGAAGCCGAUUAGCUAGACAGAAGUCAAGAAUUUCAUUGAAAAUAAUCCCUUUAAGAAGUUUUGCUAGAGACGGCGUUUUGUGCACGCCCCGAUAGUUAUUAACAUCGGACCGAGAUCCUGACUUGAAGACGGGAAUGAUAAUUGACGUUUUCCAUUUUUCAGGAAAGAAUACUUUUGAAAUAUAAACCGAGAAUAAAUGACUGAGCAAUAUGGGGAGGUCGGACGCUUGUUUAAUAAUCGAAUUGAAUAACGUUAACCAGGUGAACGAUCUCCUGCAGGGUGCUGUUCUGACAUACCCGUAAAAUAACCGUGAAUGAGUAUGGCUCUGCGAACAGCUACACGAAAGUGUAAUGGAGUGUACUGACGGCAGGGAGAUGGGGACUGUAGAGUGGUAGUUGGAGAAGUGUCAACGUUAUCUGUGGAAAUCAACACUGACCAUUCUCGCCUACGCAAGUCAUCACCUGCCCCUUUCCAACUCCUCUUCUCGGAGAUUCAAAGAUAUCAUCAGCCAGUGCAGUGGGAGAUUAUGGAUUUAUUCGAAACUAACUGACCGUAGAGGUCCUUAAGGAAUAUAUUUAAGAAUGCGCGCCACAUGUAAGAUAAUUCAAGCUUCAGUGGAAUCUGCGGAAAUAAUGAAGAGGAUAAAAAUAAGCUGGUGCGUUUAAAGUGUUAGGAAUAGGAAACCAAGUCGUACAUCACGCGAAAUGCGUCCAAAUCAAAUGAAACGAGACAAAACCUGGAGAAUAAAGAGGAAGUUAAAAAAUCAAAAAGCAUCAAAAUACGUCACGAAAACGUACAAACAAGUGCCCAAGUCUACGUCCAAAUUAUUAUACUAAUAAAUCUAUUUUCUAUUUUACAGCAUUUCCGCGUCCAUAGAAUCCAGCUAUUGUUAAAUUUCGCCAUCUUUAUUGAUUCGAGUGAUAUCGCAAUUUUCGAAGAUUAAUGCUAGGGUGGGUGACAAUAUUCGCUCAUCACUUUGAUUCAUUUUCUGUUUAAUUAUUUAAAUCAGCAGAAUUUGUCCAGUAUAUGCAAAAUCCCAAAACAUACCUAAUCUCUGUACGUUUGCCAAAGAAGGAAGAAAAGUCUCGACACUUUUGUGUCUUCAAUCCCUUAAAGCUGUUAUUUAUUAACACACACAUUCGGUACACGUAUUGGCGUCCGCCUGUGAUUGAGUAGCAUGCACUCGUAAAUUUCGACACAUUUCAUGAUUUAGGUGUUAUGCUGUAUUUACUGGAAGUUGAUUUUUUUUCGUUACCGUUUUAACAUGUUAGUAAGAACAUAACCUUGAUAAAACCGCUUAGGUUUACGUACCUUUUCGUUUUUUCACCUUAACCCUACUUGUACACCUGGACCUUUUUGCACUGUUGUUUAAAGUCGCCAAAACACACGCGUAUUUUCUGUGUCCUUCUGCUGCUUGGUAUCGUUGUUUCGUUGAUUGCAUUCAUGCGCCUGAACCACUUUUGUUCAAUCGGCACGAAACAUUUAUAUCUUUUGGUCGUGAAUCAUUUGGACAUGAAGUCACCCGAGCAACAGGCUUGCAUAACUGACAUGGGCUCGGGAACUUCUGGACUUUACCCAGAACGUUCACACUACGACAGCCGAUUCUGGAGAGGGCUUUAUUUUUCAUGAGUCUGUAAACGUAUUUACCUUUUGUCGUCCUUCCUUCACUCAUUUUUGCUGUGGUCACUUUUCCCAUAAGAAACGCAGCUGCCCCCAAUUAAAUAUAAGUUUUUCCCGUAUGUAUUUUCUUCGUAGUUUUCAUUGUCUUUUACACUACAACCGUCAAUUAUACAAGCUUCGGGCCUGGCGCAUGGCCCUGAACGCAUAAUUAACGUCAAAAUGUGUAGAGGCGUUCAUUCGGAGGGGUUUAUUCAUGGGUCUUACGUUUCCAGUAGUGAUUACCGCUAUCGCGCAGGCCUUAUAAUACAAUCAUUUAACCUGACUUGUAGGGCACCAGUAUUAGCUACCGUAAAAAGGGAAGCUGUAUGCGUGUGCCAUAUCGGCGGACCGAAAAUCAUUGCAUUAUGCCACUCGACGCAUAGGAGAAGAUUAAUUUCCCCCAGUAACACUCCAGAACCAAAGUCUAUUUACAAACAUUCCACAAGUAGAGUCAAAUGCCAAAAGGAGGCUAAAUUAGAAGUUCGGUCAGCAGGAAUCACGGUCACGAAUGAAGGCGAAAUUUCGAGUUCCAGGUGUAUGCAUAAGUGAAGAAGAAGAGCCGAGCACCGGAACAUUUUGUUUCUUGUCCUGAGCUUUCAGACUCGUACAGGAGUCCAUCAUCAGAGGUAGUAGCAGUAGUUACUGUUGGUGCGUCACUAAUAAGUUUAUUGGACAUAUGGGUUGUCGUGAGCAGUGACACACGUAGUAAUUGUACGGACAUAUGAGGUCCACCCUGUCUGUCAAACGCAGAUAGAGGCUAGCAGUUAUGCAUUACUUCUUUGACCUGGUCCAAAAGGACGAGUUAUUUCGAUUGCCGCCAUACACCUUUAUAGCCCUUUACUGCUUUUGGUAAGGUUUAAGUAUGUGCGCGGGGCAUGAAAAACCUGUAGAAAACUACCUGCAAUAUUUUUAAAAGUAGGCGUUGUUCGAUAGAGUCUUUGGUCGGCCUUUUGUCCGCAGGAUGACAUUCACUAACCUGUGCCGCCCCGAAGAGUCGGUGCUGCUGAAAUUUCUACAUUGACUUAUUGUUCUGCACCACCCACACGUAAUUCUUUAGAAAGAGGAAAGCUCAUUUUUUUAAAAAAGUUCAGCACGGAGGGCAGACAUGUAGUAAAAAAUACGCAGAAUAUUGUUGGAUCGAAUACAUACGUCCGGCAGUAAAGCAAGAAUGUCAAAACGCUAGUGAACUCGUUACAUAGCUAGAACGUUAUUACCCCACGUAUAUACUUAUGCCUUAUCCUACUUUCAUCAAAUAACGUACAUAAUUCAGGCAUGCCACCUUAGUACGCGAUUUUAUGGCGGAUCCUUUUGAGCUCUUUUCAAAAACACAGUCACAUAUUUAUUUCAGCUCAUGACAUGAGAAGUCACUAAAAUAACGUGAUGGGCUGAGAGGUAUGCGCAUAUGGAAGGGUACUUCUACCCCUACUUCGAGAUAAUGACAAUUUGCCUAAUUUUUCCUUAAAACCAAAGGGGGAAAAAUUUCACUAGUCCUUGUUCCCAUGGAGUUUAAGCCUACUGAUUCUUAUUGAUGGAAAUUGAAAUAAACUUUAUAGAACAUUUUGUUUUUUCCGCUCGUGGACACUCCUCUAACAAAAUACCUCGGUUAAUAUAAAUAGUUGGAACUGGCUGCUCAUCAAAAAAUUUUGAAAAACGCAUUUCAGAAACUAACGUGUUUGCGAUAAGUGCUCUGUGCAAUUCUGCGCAAAUUGUAGAUCAGUCACACCAUAAACAAAGAUUCAAGGGCGUAUGUCAUAGUAGGUGACGUAACACGUGAAAUAUGAUGACCGACCUCCAGAUGAACAUCCCACGUUGUCUCUCACUUGCUAGUUCAUCGCAUUAUUCCACGUAUUUUUCUCGUGAGAGAUAUGCUUCUGAGUUAUUUUACUAACAAGCAAAUUCACAUUUUGGGCAGAAACUAACGUUGCUUAAGAUUCAGAUAAUGUCCUAGGCACAUAAUUGCCAGAUAUCACAUACGAAUACUUGCGCGUGUAUACUUGGUACAGCGCAUUGAUCUGAAAGAUACGGAUUUAACGAAAAAAACUGGCAGCACCUGAAAGUUUACUUUUUAGUCUGCCCUAAUCGGGGAAGGCGAGAGACGAAUACAGAGGUUGUUUUCAGCAAAGCCAGCGUGCUUACCUCAUCAACAACUCCAACUUGUAAAUCUACGUCUUUUGCUGCCCUAUGAAGCGGCAACGCCUUUAACAAGCAUUAUUUCCUGAUACCGCAAAUAUAAUUCUUAAUUAUAUGGAAAUAGCCCAUAGGCAGUGGGAAAAGUGUCCACCAUCUAUCGAGAGUUUGAAAUGUCGACUCAAUUACAAGUCAUGUUUGCGCGGCUGGCUUUCGCUAAUGCAUAAAUUAUAAACGGAAAAGCGUCCCGUUACGCAUUUGAAAAGCUUUUUAGUAUUUAAGUGACCACACUCUAGUACACUUAUAAAAGUUGAGUGGAGCCUAGAACUGAAAAUAAAAGACAAGAGUUGUUUUAAAAUACCAUAUAGAACGUUUUUUCGUGUGUGAUAGAAACGUUGACAGCAUUGAGCAUGUAAGUGCAUGGAGAGGCUGGAUGCUUAAAUUUUCUCCCAGCACCACGUUAAACGAAAUGGUAGAUGCGAAAAUUCACUAGCAAAGCGUUCUAUUAAAGCUGUUCUAAAAUGAAAGUGUCAAAAAAUUUUCUAAUUAAAAGCAUAUUCAUUGCAAGUAUUCGUCUUGGACGUACACUUUCUUCAAUUAUGGGGUGUCGUGUUUAUUUGAACCCAUGACCAUUACGCAACCCGUCAUCAACAGAAAACGCGACAUACGAUAAUUCCUUGCCCAGACAGUAGCCGUCUUGAAGGUUUUGGUAAAUACAAAUAAAAGGGCCCAUCUAUUCGUGGAAUUAAGAAAUCCAAAACUAUAAAGUAUUUGCCGACGCUUUUAGAAUGCCUUGAAACUCAAAUGACCCAUAUAUCAGUGGAAAGCACAAUACGUUUAUGAAAUGAUAAGUAUCUUGUCAUACAAAAAAAUAUGUGCAUGUGGGCGCAUCUGUUAAUUAUAUUUCAAUUUCUUAAUCACUAAUCAGCUUCUCACCAAAUCACCUUACGAAAUCUUUAAUUUCUACGACAUAUCCAUCAACGAAGUCAGACAAAAUAAUCUGCACAUGGAUCAACCAUAUCCCAAGCGGUACAUCGAAAAGUUUCUAACGAACUUUAAGCAGAUCAACUUGCAAAACCUCGCCGCAUAUCAAACACUUGGAUGUCUUCCUUGCUCUUUACCAAGCUUAUUCCUGGAGAAUUAUCUGA